CAGGGGUCAUUGGCCAGUGAGGGGGCUGCAGAGGUGGAGGUGCGCUGAUUAUUAGUCACCUACUGUGUGCAACGAGCAGGAAGUAUGGGUGCCCUGAUGGAGGGGGCGCCUUCCCAGAGGGGGUGUGGCCUGUAGGGGAAACUGAGGCACGCAGUAAGUGACCGGGGUCAGAUAAGAUGGUUCCCCGAGCCCAGCCGCUCCCCGCGCACAGUGCCACCUGCUGGCGUCACUACCUGCUGUCACUCACCCUCUCCCUGCCCGACCCGGUAUCCGUUGCUAGGCUACACCAAAGGCGUCAGCCUCAGGGCCUUUGCACCGCUGUUGCACCCAAAGAGAUGGCUGCACACCCCCCGCCCGCGGGCGCCCACCACCCCGUGUCCCCGCAGGCCGAGGCCCAGGAUGAGGCGCUGGAAGGCGGCCGCCCUGGUGUCGCUCGUCUGCAGCUCCCUGCUGUCUGUCUGGAUGUGCCAGGAGGGUCUGCUGCUGGGCCACCGCCUGGGACCCGCGCUCGCCCCGCUGCGACGCCCGCCACGCACCCUGGACGCGCGCAUCGCCCGCCUGGCCCAGUACCGGGCUCUGCUGCAGGGCGCCCCCGACGCCGUGGAGCUUCGAGAACUUUCCCCCUGGGCCGCGCGCGCCCCAGGCCUGCGCCGGCGAGCGGGUCCCCGACGCCGGCGCGCGCGGGCGCGGUCGGGCGCGCGGCCGUGCGGGCUGCGCGAGCUCGAGGUGCGCGUGAGCGAGCUGGGCCUGGGCUACACGUCGGACGAGACGGUGCUGUUCCGCUACUGCGCAGGCGCCUGCGAGGCGGCCGUGCGCAUCUACGACCUGGGCCUGCGGCGCCUGCGCCAGCGGAGGCGCGUGCGCAAGGAGCGGGUGCGCGCGCACCCGUGCUGCCGCCCGACGGCCUACGAGGACGAGGUCUCCUUCCUGGACGUGCACAGCCGCUACCACACGCUGCAGGAGCUGUCGGCGCGGGAGUGCGCGUGCGUGUGACGCUACCUCACGCCCCGACCCUGUGCGCCUGCGCAGGGGCCGUGCCGGCCCUCGAGGACUGAAUUCACAUAAAGUGUGGGAACUCUC